AUGGAAUUCGACCAAACGUUGAAGGAUUCGUCACAGGAAUUGGCUGAUUUACAAAAGAAUAGUCUGGUGCAACUGGUUAACGAGGACUUGAAGUUCUUGAAGCUGAAAAACGAGCUUGCGAAAUAUGAGUUUCGGUCCAAGGAGUACCUCAGGGCAUUGGUAGGAGCAAUGCCCCUGACGAUGCACGUGCCGUACCGGAGAUACCUGAAAAGCCAGGCUGUAGCUAUUAAAGGAAUGGAGGCGAAGCCCGGCUACAGCGCGGUGUUCCGCAACUCUUUUAGUCCAGAUUUCUUGGUGUCGUGCGUUGAUUCGAGCCUGGCAACUGGGUUCGAUCUGUUCAAUCUAGCGGUCGAGUGCUAUCCCGACAACGACUGUCUCGGCGAGCGAGUCUUGGACGAGGUUACGGGCGAAUGGAGCGACCACUAUGUUUUCGAGUCGUACCGGCAAAUUCAGGCCAGGAGCCGUAAUUUGGGCAGCGGGAUCAUGACAGUGGUGAACCUGAAACGGCACGCCACGUUGAACACGGGCGGGUUCAUCGUUUCGCUGCUGUCGGUGAACCGUAAAGAAUGGCUUAUUGCAGACUUGGCUUGUCAGUGUUACGCGCUCACCAAUACGGCGCUGUAUGAAACUCUGGGUGCCAAAACUUCGGAGUAUAUUUUGAAUUUUACCGAGUCACCCGUUUUGGUGCUCUCGCGUAGCAAUCUUUACAAAAUCUUGUCCUUACUGCCCUCUUUACCAAGCUUGAACACUCUCAUUUGCAUGGACGACAUCAGUACUCAAGAGUUGCACGAAUUAAACAAUACUCUUUUGCCCGUCAAGCGGAAUGCAAAGGGCGAAAAUAUUUCCGUGCUUACGUUUAAGCAGGUCGAAAGGAUUGGCGCGGCCAGCAACUUGGCGUUGAUCCCACCAAGACCAUCUUCUGUCUACACGAUAUCGUUCACGUCGGGCACCACUGGCGUACCAAAGGGCGUCGAAGUGUUACACAGCCAUUUGGCAGCAGGAGUGACUUUUGCUCUUACCUCAUUCCGGAUUCCUACCUACAAGAAAGGCAAACAACUCCACGAUAUGUGUUUCCUACCUCUGGCCCACAUUUUCGAGCGAAUGAUCGCCAGUUAUGGCCUUUCGAUCGGUACCGGAUUCGGGUUUCUGCACAAAGCGGAUCCCGCAGUUCUUGUAGAAGACUUGAAAGUUCUGAAGCCCGAUAUCUUAUGCCUAGUGCCCCGCGUCAUGACCAAAUUCGAGGCUGGCAUCAAAAACUCUUUGCAUGCGGAAACCAUGUCCAAUUUAGCCAAGAACGUCGCCAAUAAUAUCUUGGAAAAAAAACAAGAACGAUUCAGUGCACAUGGCGGGCCCGAUCACUCGAUUUUGAAUAACGUGGUAUUUCACAAAGUGUUAAUCGAUCGAAUUCGGGAGAAUUUAGGCCUGGAAAACGCGGAUUUCUUUGUGAUGGGAUCCGCACCGAUCUCAAAGGAUACGCUUCUUUUCAUGAAAAGCGCACUCGAUAUGGGCAUGCGACAAGGUUACGGUCUCACGGAAACGUUUGCAGGUGUCACGCUUAGCGAACCACACGAGAGAGACGCAGGGUCGUGUGGCGGGAUGGGCGUGACUACGGAGUGCAGAUUACGGUCUGUGCCAGAAAUGAAUUACGACGCAGAGCAUGACCUGAAGGGAGAGUUGCAAUUGCGUGGGUAUCAGGUGUUUGAGCGGUACUAUAAGGACAAGGAGCAGACCAAAAAAGCGUUCGACAGAGAGGGUUGGUUUUGUACAGGCGAUAUCGCGUCGAUCGAUACCAAGGGACGGAUUUCCAUCAUAGACCGCGUGAAGAAUUUUUUCAAAUUAGCACAGGGAGAGUACAUCGCCCCAGAGAAAAUCGAGAACUUGUAUCUGUCGUCAUGUCCUUACUUGACGCAAAUAUUCGUGCAUGGAGACUCAUUGAAGACGUUUUUGGUCGCCGUGAUAGGGCUUGACUUGGAUAUUCUCGGACCCGUGCUACAUCGCCGAAUCCCCGCAUUACACGGCACACAUGGCGUUCAACUUGUUCACGUUCUGAACAGUAACAAAGAAUUUCGCAAAGAGCUCAUCAUUAUCAUUAAUCGUUUCGCGAAAAACCUCCAAGGUUUUGAAAAGAUUCAUAACAUAUACAUCGAGAUCGAACCGCUUAAGGUGGCGGACGAUACGAUAACACCUACUCUCAAGGUGAAAAGAGUAAAUGCUUUCAAGCGGUUUCGCAAGAGUAUCGAUCGCAUGUAUGAAGAAGGGUCCCUGAUCAAAUCGGAAAAGCUGUAG